AACCAACGUAAGGUACAAACUCAUUAAAAGAAAGCAAGAAAAAAAAAUCGAUAUCACCCCUUAGUUUGAUAUGUUCAUUAACAUAUUGAUAUUGAUAAUUCAGACUAACAUAUGUCAGUCGUACAAUACAAUCGUAUAUGUAAACAAUACGAUAUCACAAAUACGGAUAUACAUUCCAAAGUUUGGCUUCAAUAGUAAAAUGGGAGGAAAUUAAAUAAAUAGUAAGGUGGAGACAAAGCAAUUAAUGCCAACUCAUCACACAACGACGGAAGCACAUUUUGCCGAAAGGGAAAAAAGAACUCGGUGAAAGAAAAGAAAGAAAGAGAGAUCAUCAUCCAUCCAUCCUUUCAUCAUCCCAACUAUAAUAUUUUACCCUCUCAAGACUUGUUGUCCCUUCUCUCUCUCUUCUUCUUGGCCGCAAGCAGGAAUCCAGACGCAGAGAGCUCAUAAUCCCCGAUAAACAACCGCCGGCCGAAGCCCGUAAGUAUUCGAUCGGUCCUUUCACUUUCUUUUUUUUAUUAAUCGUUCAAUCUCGCCACCGGUAGCGUAGCGCGAUGGUCAAUCGAGCUGAUCCACUGCUCUAUUGUCUAGUCCUUUUUCCUCGUGUUCUUUUUUUCAAAAUAUUUCGCUGGCUGAAUUAUUCUGCGGCAGCUGGAGUUCGAUGAGCUGAAUAUGGCUGAUUUCCGUCGAGUUACAGUGCGGAGACGAGCAUGUGGUCUUAAUUGUGUAUUUUUCGAUCCUGAAUUUCGUGGUUUCCAUUUUUGUGUGGUUGGUGCAAAAAACUCGAUGGUAGGCUGACUUAGGACUUUAAGAGUUCUAACUAAAUCGAAUUCCGAAGUACCUUUCUCCUCACCUUUAAUUUGUUGUAAAAUGGAGAAAAGGACCAUAGACAGACAUUCCAACCUUCUAAUUGUAGUAUGGUCUUUGAUAAUCUGGAUUCAGUGAAGAACAGGAUCGAUCUAUGCUGAAAAUGUGGUCAUUUUCACUUGUUCAGUCACAAUUUGAGUGACUUUGAGACUGAUUUUGGAUUCUUUUGAAGGUUAGACUACGAGUGUGUUGAUGAACUAGCAAGACAGCUGAAUUUAGGGAUUUGGAAGGAUUGUUUUUUGGCGGAGGAAAAUGGCUUGCAGGGGGUUCUGGGAGUGCUUACUGAAGCUGUUCAACUUCUUUUUAGCCGUUGCUGGCCUGGCUAUGGCUGGAUUUGGAAUUUAUUUGUUUGUAGAGUAUAAACAUGCAGCAGAUGAUGAUGUGCCGCUGCCCCCUUCUAGUGAUUACAGCAGUUUGAUACAACUGGGCCGUCCCAUGCUUAUGGCGGUGUCACUUUCCGAGAGUAUCUAUGACAAGUUGCCAAAGCCGUGGUUCAUAUACUUAUUUAUUGGUGUUGGAGUGAUCCUCUUCGUUGUCUCUUGCUUUGGUUGUUGUGGAGCUAUGACCAGGAAUGGUUGCUGCCUAAGUUGUUACUCAGCCUUGAUUUUCAUACUGAUAUUGGCGGAGCUGGGAUUUGCAGCAUUCAUAUUUUUUGACAAAAGUUGGGAAGAAGAGCUUCCAGUUGACAAGACUGGAAAUUUUGACAUGGUAUAUGGCUUUCUGAAAGAGAACUGGGAAAUCAUCAAGUGGGUUGCUCUUGGGAUAGUUGUGUUUGAGGCGCUGAUUUUCUUGUUGGCCCUAGUGGUUAGAGCAGCCAACAGACCGGUAGAGUACGAUAGCGAUGAUGAACUCAUCGCCCCAAGGCAGCAGAUCCGACAGCCAUUGAUGAAUAGGCCGCCGCCUCCUGCAACAGGCGUCCCUGUUGCUGGAACCCUCGAUCAGCGCCCGAGCCGAAAUGAUGCGUGGAGCACACGUAUGAGAGAAAAGUAUGGACUAGAUACUUCCGAGUUCACAUACAACCCGUCAGAGUCACAUAGGUACCAGCAGGUAUCGGCACAGCCCACAGAAGAACGAAGCCGGUGCACGAUCAUGUAACGAGAACCUUUCGGAAGCUUGUUGUUUUUCCUUCAGGACAGAGAGAGAGAGAGAGGGAGGGAGGUGUUGUGUGUUCUCUUUGCCCCUUCUGUACUAUAGGAUCUUGCUGAAGCUGAGGAGAGUAGAUAGAAUCCAUUUUCGACAGUGUCUGUGCUGUGGAUAAGAUUUAAUUCAUGUUCGUUAUGUCUGUCGUCUGAACCGUGGUCGGCCGCCAGAUGACAGACUGGUUCUGUUGGAUCUUUGAACGGCCUUUCCUCUGCAUUUUUUAUCUGUUCUGUUCUGUUAUCUUUGGCAGUUCUCCACGUACUUUUUUUCGGUAAUCCGACAGCAUAAAACCGAAUUGGAUCAGUAUCACUGAUGGGCUGGACAUGAUGUUGCAGACAGUGGCCCAGCUGCAGUAGCCCCAUUCUCUCCCUUGGCUUGGUUCAGUUGAAAAUUGAAAUCUUUCCUGGCCCAGCUUUGGCUACUAGAUUAUGAUAGCACUACAGGCCACGCGCGAAAACUGUUAUCACAACAAAAUAAAAACUUUUACCCACAAGAGCGCAAUGUGGUGGAUAAGACUGGAAAAAUAGAUCAGACCGUUAGAAAAAUCGUGGUCCAAACUGUAUCGUACAGUUUGGUCUGGACCGUAGACCGUUAAGUGUGGUCUGGUCUAUGGUCUGGUUUAUUUUAUGUUUUGAUCUCUUGGUCUGGUCUGGUCUAGACCGAGGUUUACCGGACCCAACUGUGGACCCAACCGACUUGUCAAUACGUGUUAAUAGCCCAUUCGAUCACCCUCCCAACUCACACAACGACACCCAAAUCUCAACAUUAAUUUUGAGAAUCUCGUCCCUCCUUCGUUCACAACCACAUUGAACCAGAGAGUAGAGAUAAUCGUGUCUACAUAUGACAUUAUGUUAAUGUUUAUAACGUUAUGGUGCAAAUUUGUAUGCUUUUACUUUGUAUUUUUGUUAUUUCUAAGAUUUAGGAUAUCAAAAUUAUUCAUGCAUGUUAGGAUUAAUGUUUUAAGGCAAAUAACAAUUAUUUUUCUUGGUUAUAGGUUCAAUUUUUUGUGUGGUUGACUAAACAAAUUAUUCAUUUUUCUUUGAGUGCGGUCUAUCUGGACCAGACCAGACCAAACCAGACCGCACAGGCGUGGUCUGGACCAGACCGUAUAGUUUGUGGUCUGGUCUGUGGUCUAUACUUCAGCCUCACGGUCUGGACCAUAGAUAGACCAGACCGCACCGUUUCCCAGCCCUAGUGGUGGGGAAUUGGUUAUCUACUUUUCUUAUUUGACGAUACCAUCAUAGCUAACUACAACUUGAUUAUAUUCGAAAAUAAAAUUUUAAUAAAAAAUUGGAUCGAAGUUCUCAAUGACAAAAUAGUGACUGAAAUGAAUAGUGAAAAUCAUACCGGUCGUUUGGAUACAACAUUUUAGUGAGAUAUUUUGAUUCAAAUAAUUCAUUUUGAUUUAUUUGACCCAAAAUCACUCAUUUUGCAAAAAUAAAAGUGAAUUUUUGAAAUAUACCACGUCACGGCGUCACCCAACUCAUCUGGUUUCCCAUUUGAGUGAUGAACUGCUACACUUUGGAAAUGGCCAAUCCAAACGCGACAAUUAUAAUCCAAUUAUCACAAACAAAUUGAAAUGCCACAUUUUAAGAUAAUACAACAUUUAGAUUCAA